GCAAGGUCGGCCGCGGCGCAGGCGCGGUGUCGCGACUUCGGCGGUGGGGAAACAUGGCGGCUCCGACGCUAAGUGGGAGGCUGUACUCCCUGCUCUUCCGCAGAACCUCCACCUUCGCCCUAACCAUCGCCGUGGGUGCCCUGUUCUUCGAGCGUGCCUUCGACCAAGGCGCGGACGCGAUCUACGAAAACAUCAACCAGGGGAAGCUGUGGAAACACAUCAAGCACAAGUAUGAGAACUAGUUCCUCGGAGGCGCCCAUCAAGGCCGGAUGGACCAGGCCCACCCGCCAGCUGUUUGCCCGGAGCCGGGGCCUCAGCGUGAGAAGAUGCUCACAGCACUGUCCACGGACCACGUUUAGCUGUUGUUAUGAAAUGGCUUCACCUGACAGACUCUUAACUUCUGCUGUGUUUGAAGUAUGAUUAGAGUCAUCAGCAAAUAAAUGUAAGCUGUCCUUGA